AUGGCAGAUGGAGAUGAUAAUGAUAAUACAUCAAGCCCUCUUGUGUUUCGUCUUCAUGACAGCACUCCCCGGGUGGUACGGGAUGUGCUGCUUGAACGUGGCUGGAAACAAUCUGAUGAGAGAGACCAAGCAAAAACUGAAUGGAAUCUGCAGUGGAGAUCAUCAGCGUUCCGAUCAUCUGACCAUGACGGCAUAAAGCCAUGGCAGCGACUCAAUCAUCAUCCAAGGACUUCACAGAUGAUCAAGAAGGAUUGCUUGGCAAGGCAUUUAAAAAGAAUGAAAGGAAUUUAUGGUUCAUCCUAUUAUGAGUUCAGCCCAGUGGCCUUUAUCUUACCAAAUGAGUACACAGCAUUUGUAGCUGAGUACACUAAGGAGAGGCAUGAUAAUAAAUCAAGCUAUUGGAUCUGUAAACCAACGGAUUUAUCUAGGGGAAGGGGAAUAUUUAUUUUUCAGGACAUCAAGGACCUAGCCUAUGACUGUGCUGUUAUUGUGCAGAAAUACAUAACAAACCCUUUACUCAUUUCUGGCUAUAAAUUUGACCUGCGUAUAUAUGUUUGUGUAACCAGUUUUUGUCCUCUAACUGUCUAUGUUUACCAGGAAGGCUUGGUAAGAUUUGCCACUGAAAAAUUUGACCUUAGUUCCCUUGAUAAUGUUUUUUCUCAUCUAACAAACACUAGCAUUAAUAAAUACGGUGCAUCAUACAACACAGAAAAAGAGAGAGUUGGAAGUGGCUGUAAGUGGACCCUUGGCCAAUUCCGGUCAUAUCUCCACAGUUUAGAUGUGGAUGAUGUUCUCCUUUGGCAAAAAAUCUAUAAUAUAGUGACUAUGACCCUACUGGCCAUUGCGCCAAAUAUACCGCCAACUCCUAACUGCUUUGAACUCUUUGGUUUUGACAUACUCAUUGAUGACACAUUGAAGCCCUGGCUUUUAGAAGUGAAUUACAGCCCCGCCUUGUCUUUAGACUGCUCUAACGACGUCACUGUAAAGAAAAAUCUUAUUCAUGACAUCAUUGAGCUUCUUAACUUCAAGACUUCAGAUUGUCAAAGAGACACAAAAAUAUGCAAAAAGACAAAUUUAAUAGCACAACCCUUGCAUCUUUCUGCUCCAAGGACAUUAAUUUCUGAUAAUGAUGUUACAACCCAUAUGUCUGGCAUAGAUAACAGCUCGAUAGAAAAUGACGAACCACACUCUAUUCGGCUUGCCAAAGGCAACACCACAUCUCAAAGUGCUCUUGAAGUGGAUCAAAGAAACAAGGCAACAGAAAGUGAUAAUGAAAUUGCUGAGAUGUGCUAUAAAAAGGGACUUAUGCCAAAUGGAAAAACAGGAGCGUAUCCUCGAAAAACACUGACAUCUAGGCUUCGAGAGAGAAUAAAUAUAUCACAGAAAUUACCGGCAUCAAAAGUUAUUUCUAAAACACAUUUAACACUAAGCUCUUUGAGUUCUAAAAUGGAUUUCAAUGGUAUGUUACAAUCUUCACAUCAGAAGCCUAAGUGUCCUUUGUUUCCAUUAUACUUUAUUUCUGAUCUCGACAAAAGGCCUCCUUCCCGAGUAGGUGAUUUUGUACUUGUAUUUCCUUUUAGCGAUUCCUCCUUUGCGUUCUCAACAAACGGCACAGACAUCAAAAGCAUAAUUCAGCAUAUCGGCAGGACAAGGAACAGAAUUUCCCAGGAACCCAAGGUGGCCUGACAUGGACUCAUAGGUUUCUUGAUAACACAACACAAAAUAUAUGCAACAUUAGAAGAAACUCAAUAGGGGAUAAAUCUUUCUUUCAUGCAAUUGGAAUUUCUAGUCAAGUCAUUCCACAGUUAAUCAAGCUUUAACUUUAUUAACCGUAGGAAUGUUGAGAGUUAGGUGCUACACUAAACAGAUGACUUUAGCUUGCCUUUUAGUUCCACUGAAGCAUGUACCUUAAUGAAUACAUUUUCCCAA